AUGGCUUCACGUUCAUCAGAAGGCACUGAGAGAUAUUUCCACCCCGGAGAAACGUCUCGUCAUGCUGCGACCAUUCUUGGAUUCCCAUCUAAAUUCUCGAUCGCCCCAGCUUAUUAUGAAAGCGCAUGUACAGACAUUGCUCACUUAGCCUCUGUGAUUUCUGCCUUUGAAUCAGUUCGAUUGUAUACGCGAGCAGAAGAUGUUCCGAAAGCAAAGUCGAUGGUCCGCCAAGCUGUUACACAAUAUCCGAGCAACACCUCAAAUAUAUGCAUCAUUCCCUUUCCCACAAACCAUCUUUGGGUUCGUGAUACAGGUCCUCUUUAUGUCUUGGGAAUCGCCGAAAACGAUCGCCAACGCCGCUUUGCAGUUAACUUUCGCUUCAAUGAAUGGGGGAAAAAAGACGAUAUUAAUGAUCACAGCCGAGCUUCCGACGGGCUUGAUUGGCCGGUGAUGUUGCAAGAACAGCUCCAAGAAAACGCAAACUUUGCCAAGAAAGUCAUUGAAUUCGACGUGUCUCCAUCUUGUGUGACUGAAGUGGAAACAACCCUUCAUCUAGAAGGCGGUGCAUUGGUUGUGGAUGGCGAAGGCACACUUCUGGCCACGGAAAGCAGCAUCAUCAAUGAAAAUCGCAAUCCAGGUCUGUCACGGACCAUGAUCGAAACAGAGCUGCGUCGUUUGCUUGGGGUGAAUAAGAUUAUCUGGUUUCCCGGCAGAAGAGAUCUUGAUGUUACUGACGUACAUGUUGACGCUGAAGUCAAUUUUAUACGACCCGGAGUCGUUGUUCUCUCACGGCCUCAUUCUAGCGUGCCUAAAGUAUGGCUAGAGGUUCAUGAAGAAAUCAAGAAAAUUCUGGGCGAAUCAGUUGAUGCAAGGGGUCGCAGUUUCGAAAUACAUAUAGUCGAUGAGCCUGACCCUAAAACCCUCGGUCAGUUGUCGUAUACCGAGCCAGCAACCAAUUAUGUCAAUUUUUAUUUCGUCAAUGGGGGGCUGAUUGUUCCUCAGUUUGGAGACGAAGGAAAAGAUCGAGAAGCACUGGAUUUGUUUCGGAGGCUGUGUCCUGACCGCGUGGUUCAGCCAGUGCAUGUGGUUGGACUUCCAUUGGCUGGGGGCGUGAUUCAUUGCGCGACGCAGCCAGUGCUUUCCGUUGACUAG